GCCCGCGGCGCCCAGCCCCAGCGUGACCCGCCCCGCGCACGCGCAGGCAGCAACCCUACGCCCCAGAGUUAAGGCGCGGCUUUGGCGGCGCCUUUCAGCGAAGUCGCACGUGAAGUAUACAGUGGCGGGAGCCGGACCUGGCAUGGCAGCCCUGGGGGGCCAUCCAGCGCAGGCCACAUGCGUGCUCAGAGCCAGCCUGGCGAUCCUCAUGGCCCUCGCCCUCCUGCACGGAGCCUGGUCCCAGCCUCACCAGGACUUUGCGCCACCAGGCCAGCAGAAGAAGGAGGCCUCUCCUGACCCCCUGACCCAGCUCGGGCGAGCGCUGCGGGGGACCCUAGACAACUGGCUGGGCCGGGAGACCAUGCACCUGGUCUCAGAGACCCUGUCACAGGUGACAUGGGCCAUCUCCUCGGCUGUCUCGGUGGCCUUUUUCGCCCUGUCUGGGAUUGCAGCUCAGCUCCUGAACGCCCUGGGGCUGGAUGGCGACCAUCUCACCCAGAGCUUGAAGCUGAGCCCUGGCCAGGUCCAGACGUUUCUGCUGUGGGGUGCAGGGGCCCUGGUCGUCUACUGGCUGCUGUCUCUGCUCCUUGGCCUGCUCUUGGCCUUGCUGGGCCGCAUCCUGGGUGGCUUGAAGCUCAUCGCUUUCCUGGCUGGCUUCGUGGCUCUGGUGAGGUCGGUGCCCGACCCUUCCACGCGGGCACUGCUGUUGCUGGCCCUGCUAACCCUCUAUGCCCUGUUGAGCCGCCUCACGGGCUCCCGGGCCUCUGGUGCCCGGCUGGAGGCCAAGGUGCGCGGCCUGGAGCGCCAGGUGGAGGAGCUGCGCUGGAGGCAGAAACGUGCAGGCCGGGGGCCCCGCAGUGUGGAGGAAGAGUGACAAGGACAUCUGCUGCACCCCCUUCGUCACACCAAAGAGCCGAGCUGCUUUUGGACCUCGGCCUUACCCGCAGCCCCUGCCCUUCCUGCCAGUACCUCCUGCUGCGGCUCCAGCCAAGGGAGAGGGCAGCCCUGGCGUCCCGCCUGUCUGUAAGGGCAGGUGUGCGGGCUUGGCUUUGGCUGCCGCCCUGACCUGCCUGCUCCCUCAGCUCCGCCUUCACGCUCCCCAUCUAGCCCUGUGCCGGCAUCACCAUGCAGUUGCCUGACCGCUGGGGAAGAGCGCGGCGGCUCAGGCUCAGGGCCGAAGCGGGGCCUUGGGCCGUACAAGUGCCUUAAUCCUAGCUGUAGCGCCCUAGUGCCCUCCUGCUGCCUUUGUCCUGGAGCCCUGUCCUUGCCUCUCGCGCCCCAGGCGGGGCCCCGCUUCCUGCCCCACGCCCGGGAGUGGCCCCUGAGGAAGAGCAGAAGAGCAGGCUGAUGAGCCGUUCCUUGUCGGGGCCCUUUGGGGAAGUGGUCGCCUUUGCCUGGCCUGGCAACAUUCUGACCGCUAAGGUCUGAUGUGAAAUCACAGCUGCAGUAAUUGUAUUUUUAUCAGUGCUUGGUUGAUUUUAAAUAAAGUGCACGCUAUUUUAUUA